AUGGGAUAUGCGUCAAUACUUUCAAGCAUUGGAUUACAAGAAAAAAUGAUUAGAAUGUUUGUUCCAGGAAAUCAUCUUGAAGCAUUAGUUGAGUGUAUGAUAACAUUAGCAAGUGUUAGAGAGAAUUUAUUUAGUGGAACAACACGUCAACAAUAUAAUGAAUUUUUAAGUAAGUUUGGAGGAAUGAUUUGUGAAGCAGCAGAAAAUGAAAAAAUGGCAGUUGCAGCAGGGAGAUAUUUAGAUAGAAUGACAAGAACAAGAAGUGUUAAAGCACAAUAUCAUUUAACACAAGCAGCAAAGUUAAUAGAAAGAAUUAGUGAAAAUUAUGUUGAACAUAAAAAUAGUUUAUAUUAUUUAUUAACAACAUUUGCAAGAUGGUCACAUAGAUUAUAUGAAUGUGGAGAAGAAAAAGGAAAUGUUAUUGAAAUACUAAAAGAAGUUAGUAAAAGUGUAAUUGAAGGAGCAUUUAAUAAUAGUGAAAUUAUUGAAGAAGAAGAUAUUGAAGGAAUAAUGGAAGGAUUUGGAGAAAUAACAAGAGUUAAUUUAAUGUUUACAGUAGAAGAAAUGACAAAACAUAUUGAAAGAGUUACAAAAGAAAUAGAACAUAUAAUAGAAAUGAAAGGAAGUUUACAAAGAAUACAAAAAGAAUGUGAAAGAUUAAGUAUUGGGAUAGGAUUAAUAAGUAUUAUUAUAAAUCACCAAGUAAUUAAUGGAACAAAUGAAACACAAGAACAAUUAGAUAUUAAAUUAAUGAAAAUUGGAAUUGAAAUUAUUAAUAAAGAAAUGAGUAUUAUAAAAAAUAUUCCAUUUGGUUAUGGAGUAAAAGAAAUAGAAAUAAAUAUAUUAAGAUUUUUUGAGAGUAUUCGUAAUGUAUUUCUUAAUGAAAGUAUUUCAAGAACAACAGAAAAAUAUAUAAUAGAAAUAUUAGAAAUUCAAAAUUUAAAUGAUUUAAUAAUUGCAAUUAUGAAUAAAAUCAUUUUUAAUUUACAUUAUUUUAUAGACAUUCAUUGUGAAUCUAUUAUUAAACAAUCAUUACUUAUUAUUGAAAAAUAUUCAAGAAAAGAAAAAACAUCAAAAAUGUUAUUAGAAUAUGGAUUACUUGAUAAAAUAUUAGAUGAAUCAUUAGUUUGUUUAUUAUUCUUUAUAUUAUUUAUUUAUUAUUUAUUUAUUAUUAAUAUUUAUUAUUAG